AUGAACGCACAGUUGACCCACAAAGUGGUGGCAAACAAUCACAGUCAUCGGUGUCUUCAGGUAGUAGUUAUGGAUUCAAAUUCAUGUCAACUGGUUGUCAAGAGUGAAGAGCCAUCACCUGAGGGUCCCACUGAAGACCGAGACGCUUACCAAAUGAGUGGUAACGUGAAUGAAGACAUGGAUGUGUCCAACGAUUCGGUGACACAAACCAGCGAUGAAAACGAUUUGAUAGCCACUGAAGAGUCGGUUCAACCAUCAGCUGAUGGCAAUGGUGUUGCCGUAAGUGAUAACGGUGUCAAUGGAUCUAAUGUGUUGCCGAUAACCAGUGACCAACUGAUUGGCGCCCGACUGCUGCAAGAGUUCGUUGCGAAGACUUUCGAGAAUCAGAUGAAAAUGAGAGCCAAUAUGAAUGCCUUACGUUAUCCCAACUNAGUUAAUUAA